CUGCGUAGGUGAACGGUCAGCAACUUUGGACUCUGGGAUAGUCGUACAUUACAAGCUAAUGCGCACGGGGACCAGCGUGAUACCAAUUCAGUGGGCUGACUAUGCUGACAGUUGCCCAACCGCUCCCUCUCAAGGUUGGCCACACAUUCGUACGGCGCUCUUCUUUGAACAUCCCGAACUACACUCCUGCUACAUUCCUACGGGGUGGUGCAUCUAAAGGGAUCUUUUUCAACCGUGAUCACCUCCCGGCUGAUCGGUCGGAGUGGAGAUCCAUCUUCCUCCGGAUCAUGGGAUCUCCCGACACAGCCAACGGCCUACAGAUCAAUGGCAUGGGUGGUGGGAUUUCGAGCCUGUCCAAGAUCUGUGUUGUUGGCUCUGCUUCCGAGGAACAAAAGGCACAGGGCAUCGACGCUGAAUACACGUUCGCCCAACUUGGUAUCCGCGACACCACUGUGGAUUACGCUGGUAACUGCGGGAAUCUCUCCAGCAUGGUUGGGGCCUUUGCACUAGAAGAAGGCAUAUGUACCAAGCAGGAGUCGUCAGGCCGAACGACCAUACGCUUGUUCAACACGAAUACAACUUCUUGCAUACAUACGACAUUCCCCGUCACGGUCCUGAAUGGACAAACCUUCCCGAAACUCGACCUUCCACAGGCCUCCAUAGCUGGUGUUCCUGGUCAAGCUUCUCGGAUCCUUCUUGAAUUCCCGUCUCCUGCUGGCGCUCGCACUGGGAAGCUGUUGCCAACUGGAAACCCUAUUGACCUACUUCAUAUCCGUUCCCGCCGUGGUGCUCAGAUUCCUGCUUCACUUGUAGAUGCUACGAAUCCCUCUGUAUUCAUAUCCCAUGACGAUAUCAGCCGCGUCCUCGAUACUCCUCCACAACCAAGCCUUGACUACGGAAACCACGAGAUAAAAGAAAUUAUUGAAUCAAUUCGGACUGAGGCAGCCAUCAAGAUGGGCCUUGAACCAACUUCUCAGGCUCAACCGAAGAUCGCUAUCGUUUCUCCCCCAUCUUCGACUGAUUACGAUAUAUCCGUUCAUGCUUUUUCCAUGGGGGUAUUACACAAGGCAGUGCCAAUGACCCUCGGUUUAUGCCUCGGCGUCGCAGCUAACAUCGAAGGUUCUGUCCCCUGGAAAAAUGUGCGCACGUCGUCAUCCAGCGAGUCCUCGGCUGGGGUAACUAUUACCAAGAUGAAGCAUCCGAGCGGCAUUGUUGAGGUGCACACAGCGUUCGGACAAGGAGGUAUUCUCGAGAGUGUUGGGGCUGUACGGACUGGGCGGUGGCUCAUGAAAGGCGUCGUGUACCAUUAGAUUGAUUUCCGAGCGUCGCAGCGGUACUGAAUGUGUCGGUUCCCGGGUACGUAGCUCUGACGCACGGCACUCUUCUAAUAAAAUUGUCAGCGCCGCCAGUAGAUGGUUUACAAUUUGUAUCUAUUACAGAGCGCCUUCCGAAGUUCGAAAAAAGUG